AUGAACCCAGACGACGCAACGACGGAAGACGCCGAGGAGAAGAUCAUCAACGAGGAGUACAAGAUAUGGAAGAAGAACACGCCCUUCCUGUACGACUUGGUGAUGACCCAUGCGCUGGAGUGGCCAAGCCUCACCUGCCAGUGGCUUCCCGACAAGACGACCCCGCCUGGGAAGGACUACUCGGUCCAAAAGCUCAUCCUGGGCACCCACACGUCGGGCGAGGAGCAGAACUACCUCAUGAUCGCUGAGGUUAAGCUGCCACUCGAAGAUACGGCGAUCGAGGCGGGUAAAUACGACGAUUCGAAGGAGGUGGGCGGGUAUGGCGCUGCCGACGGCAAGAUCGAGGUCGUGAUGAAGAUCAAUCACGACGGCGAAGUCAACAGGGCACGCUUCAUGCCUCAAAAUCACUCGAUCAUCGCGACCAAGACCAUCUCUUCCGAAGUCUUCAUCUUCGACUACACGAAGCAUCCGGCCAAGCCCGCCGACGAUGGCAAGUGCAAUCCCGAGAUCCGAUUGAUCGGCCACCAGAAGGAGGGCUACGGCCUGUCGUGGUCGCCGCUCAAGGAGGGCCAUCUGCUGAGUGCCGCCGACGAUGGGCGACUGUGCCUGUGGGACAUCAGCGCCGUCAAGAAGACCAACACGACGCUCGACGCCAUGGCCGUCUUCCAGGGCCACCACGAAUCGGUCGUGGAGGACGUGGCGUGGCAUCUUCACCACGAUUCCUACUUCGGCUCGGUCGGCGACGACAAGAAGCUUCUCAUCUGGGACACACGAGAGGGCAAGCCUCGACAUGCCGUCCAGGCGCACACCGCCGAGGUCAACUGCCUCUCGUUCAAUCCUCACAGCGAGUUCAUCCUUGCCACCGGUUCGGCAGAUUGCACUGUCGCGCUGUGGGAUCUGCGAAUGCUCAAGAACAAGAUGCACUCUCUCGACAGCCACCGCGACGAGGUGUUGGCCGUCCAGUGGUCGCCCUUCAACGAAGCGGUCCUGGCCUCGUGCGGUGCCGACAGACGCCUGAUGGUGUGGGACCAGUCUCGCAUCGGCGACGAGCAGGCGGGCGAGGACGCCGAGGACGGCCCGCCCGAGCUGCUGUUCAUCCACGGCGGCCACACGAACAAGAUCUCCGACUUUGGGUGGAACGCCAACGAGCCGUGGAUGCUGGCGUCCGUGGCCGAGGACAACAUCCUGCAGGUGUGGCAGAUGGCCGAGAACAUCUACUCCGACGAAGCCGAGCCCGUCGCCGACUCUGAGCUGGAGUAA